AUGGUGUUACUGCUCGAGUGCCUCUCCCACAGUCCUUGUUUGCCACCUUCCCCACCUGUUCGCCGAGGCAGCCUCCGACGAGCAUAUCCGCCUGCACGUUCGAGGCAGAUAAGCAGAGACUUAUCGGGCGCGUGUGCGCCGGCGAUUCGCAGCCGCAGUCAUCGCCCAUCGCCCAUCGCCCGCCGCCCGCCGCCCACCGUCCGCUGCCCGUCGCGCGUCGCUCGGCGGACUUCCUCUAUACGCCGCAACCGCGCGUCCCCUGCAGUGUCGUGUGGCACUUUGCAUCGCAUCGCUUCGCGUCGCGUCGUUUCGUGUCGCAUCGCAAGCAUGUUCAGGAGUGCAACCGCUAACGCGUCCAUCGGACGCAAGAUCGCAAGGGACAUCUGCGAAAGGCAGUACCACAUGUUGCGCCAAGGACCGACCAAUGCGGUCCUCAAGCAGGUUACUCCCAUCUUGGGCCUGAUGGGACUUUGGGCCGUUGGCGUUCCUGCUUAUUGUGUGUACGCAGCGUUGACCCGGGAUGUGGAGUACAGGAGCGCCGGCAAGAAGCAGCACGAGAUGGUCGACCUGCGGAAUCCGAAGCCCUUGAAGUUGAUCACCAUUAACGAAGAAUACCGCCCAAACAAUGAGCUAGCCGACCUCUUGGACGACAUCAACAAGUCUCAGAAGAAGGGACAGGGCCGGGCCUGCAAUUGCGAUUGAGUGCAUGUGGGCUCCCCUCGACAAAAACAUGGGAUAGCAAGAGGUGCUCGUAUCGACUCACCAGCUGCAGCACCUGUAUUACCAGUGAUUCUUACUGUACUAACUAAAGUAGGGACAAUGCUCAAGGUCAUUGCCAAGAUCCAAUCAAUGAAAGCUCAUUCACAUCAAACUUCCUAGACAAAUGUUCUGAACAUGUCAUUACAUUAAAUCGGUCCUAAAAAAAUGAGAAUAAAGUAUGUUUGUACUACGAAACGUAGAAAAAUUAAAACCAAUAAAUUUAGUGAAUGGGCG